AACAUACACACACACCAACAUACACAUACACACACUAACACAUACACACACCAACAUAUACACACCAUGUACACAUUAACAUACCAACAUACACACACUAACAUACACAAACAUACACACACCAACACACACUAACAUACACACACUAAUAUACACACACACAAGCAUACACACACCAACAUUAACACACACACACACCAACACAUACACACACCAAGAUACACAAUAACACACACACCAACACGUACACACCAACACACACACCAACAUACACACUAAUAUAUAUAUACACACCAACAUACACAUGUUAACACAAAGAGAAACACACAAAACACAAUACAGUGUUGUAUUUGAAGCGCUCCAAUGUUUCAGAGCCUUGUUUUAUUUUGAACUGGGUGUUACAGGCUAUACACCAACACCUCUGUGUAUCUAAUACAUUGUUUUUGUGAUUCAUCCUGCACUAAUCUUGUGUUCGUCCAAUUAAACACUCCCUAGAGUGUAUAUGCCCCGCCCCCAGGGGUGUGUCUUGCUCUACAGUAGCAGCUGGUUAGCAGUGAACAUGGUCUGUAGGUGUGUUUUCGGCUAGAGUCUGAGGGCGCACACACACACACACACACACACACACUAUUCAGGUUUGCAACUGAGGAUAAAUAUCUGGAGUUCAUUCAUGCGGGUGUGGGCGGAGUUUGUGUGAGUUGGUGGUUUUGUGACUUUCCAGAUAAUUUUUAUUUUUUUUUAAAUUUUAAUUUUAACCAAAUUGGGGUUGUUCAAUGCCGGAAGGUGGUACCAGAGAACUCAGACUGAUGGAGAAGGCUCUCCUGGUGAAGGCUCUCCGUCACCAUCAGUAACCACAUGCACGACAUAACUCCAUGAGCACGCGGCGUCUCUGCGUCUCUGCCCUGGUUAAAGUGAAUACGGAUUCGAAUCAUGGCUCUCGGGACGUUUCACCCUCAGGCAUUUGUGUGGGUGAAAACGAAUAGUUUUUGGGAGUCUAAAUGAUUAAUGAUUUAUGUAAAGUUAUGCAUUUCGAUGGUUCAGAAAUACGAAUGUUUCCCAAAACCCUCAAACCUGUGAAACAGCGUAACAUGGUUUUUAUUAGCCUUUUAUAAAAACUGCUUUAUUGUGACACGCUAGAGUAGAAAAUUAGACCGCAGUCCUGUUUGUGUCGUCAGAAAACCUCUGCUGGAAAUCAUGAUUAACGCAGCUGUGGUGGCGUUCAUUUACUGAACACGUGAACACGUGAGUGUGUCUGACGGACGUGUGUUUAGACGGAUAAGGUUCUCUUUAGAUUUGUUUCUUUUUUUUUAACUUUCUGAGCUCUAACGGAUCUCAGGGUUAAUAUCCCAGAUAAAGUUGUGUUAUCAGGGAUAUAAUCACAUUGUGAUAAUGGGUGUGUUGUUUUACUGUGCAGGAUAACGCUGUGUUUCUGUCUGGUGUAACGGAAUAUCGCUGUUUAGGAGAACGGAGUGUUCACAUCAUGGGCUGCAGCAUGUUAUUGUCCAGGAGAACCUCACGCUAUCUGGGAGAACAUCAUGUCACAUGACACUGCUUGGCAUUAGGACUGUCACGAUACCAUAAACAUAUCUUAUAUUACACAAGCCGAAGUAUCACGAUACCAUGCAAUGUUGUGUUAAUUCAUAAUUCCAAUGUACAAUAAGGUCACGUCACUGUUCGGGGAUGGGGUCACGUCACUGUUCGGGGAUGAUGAAAUCGGCCCUGCCCAGUUGUUUAUUUGACGGGGAUUGGCUGGUUAAAAGUGAGCAAAAGAGGCCACACCUCCUGAAAGGUCAGCUAAAGCUGGUGAUGGAACGUGUGCUGGAGUUUGCUGUGUGUGAGCUUAGUAAGAUUGUAGAAGACAGCUUCGACGAUGUUCUUCUGGAGCUCAGGAAGGCGGAGCGGGAGAGCGAGGAGUUGAUGGAGAAGUUACGUGCCGUGAAGGAGGAGAACGGAGCGGGUGACAUGAAGAUAAACGAGUCUCAGGGGGAGAUGGUGGGAUCUCCAAACGGCACUGAUGUGGUGAAGGUUGAGAAGAGACCGGAUGAGGAAGAACCAGGAAUGGGACAGACACAGAACACUGACGACUCCACCCCCGCGGCAGUGAUCAGCGUGUCUCAGGAUUGGGUUCCGGUGCUGGAUCAGGUGUUCGGUCAGAAGUGGUGUGCUGACAUUUGGCCCGUUAAAUUGGAGCAGCCGUGUCUCCCUUCUGAAGAACCGAUUAGGGACGACUCAGAACCACACAGGAACGACGAGAGCCAAUCAGAUAGGCCGCAGUGGCUGCAGGAUGCUGAGGCCCUGACUGUGACCUUUGACCCUCAUCAGACCUCAGAGACAAGCAUGAAGGGAGAUGAUGUCCAGUUAAAAUCCCCCUCGAUGCUCCACCGGCUCCUCACGCUCCCGUCUCAGCUGAUAGACGGCGACGACGAGUCGAUGGAGUCGGAGGAGAGUCUGAUGAACGCCAUCACCUUGCUGCACGGCACUCGGACGCCUCAUCAUGACACCGCCAGAGCGGAUGAUCACAACGGCGGCGAAGACCCCGAGGACCAGAAGGAGGAGGAGGUCCAGAAAGAAGAAGAAGAAGAAGAAGCCAAGCCAAGGUCUUGCAGAAGUGGGAGGAAGAACCACGCGUGUAAAACCUGCGGCAGGAAGUUCAACCGAGCUCACCUUCUCAAAACGCACCGGCUCACACACAAGGACCCUCGCUCACCGCUCUCCAAACUACACGCCCACACGUGCACGAAUUCGGGGAAAAACACAUGAGAGGACAUGUGCGCGUGAGAGAGAAGAACACGACGUGUUCACACGGAGAUUCCAGAAGUUUCCAAAACCAGGCAUGUGCUGAUAUUAUACCGUCAUAUCUCGAUCGUUCCCCAACAUUUUAUCACAAUAUUACAUCAGAAAUCCAACAACAUGGACGCGAACAACAAACUGUGUUCAGUAUCAUGACGUAUUGUUUAUUAAUGACGAUCGGCACACACCUAACAUCCUAAACUGAGAGUGUGAAGGUACAUCAAACAACGUAACGUGUGUGUGUGUGU